ACAUGAUAAUCCAAUAUCGCACGAACUACCUCACGUUGAUCAUGAGGUCUUUCUCUACCAGAAUCUAGUGUCAAACCUUUUUUGUGGCUUUGGUUGAACGAAACUCAAUAUUUGCGAUAUCUGCUCCUUGACUAUUUGCCUCAUUUAAUUCGGCUGAACGCAAACCUAAAAUAUCGAAUAUUUUCCAGAUGAAGGUUCCGAAAAUGGGUGGAGUAGGAGAAAUCGAGGACCAAAGCCGGCGAAAUGAGCUGGAAGAAGAGAUAUCACGGUUGACCAAUCCAAGUCCGUUAACUGAUCUACGGUCUAUGGUGAUGUCACACCCCCCACUAAACCCGAUGCCCCAUCAGGCACCGCGCCAAAUUGCAAUCACCAUUGAACUGCAGCAGCUUUUAAGAAUGCAGCAACAACUACAACAACGACUACAACAACGACUACAACAACGACUACAACAACGACUACAACAACGACUAACGCAGCAACAGCAACAAGAACAGCAACAAGAACAGCAACAGCAAGCGUUGCAGUUUUUGACACAACAACAACUGCAAGCAAACCAGCAGAUACAACCAACCUUCCAAAACCAGUACCAGCAACAGCAACAGCAACAACAGCAGCAACAAAAUCGUGCCCCAACUGAAUUGAUGACGGGAUUACAAAGACAGUUCUCAGUUGUACUGAGAUUGUGAUACAUUCCUUGCCAGAAUUGUGUAUGGCGUCGGCGACUCUAGGACCACAGGCCCUUACACAGCAGGCCCAGCAACAACAGUGCACAGGAAACCCUUAGUACUAGACACCCCAGUUUUAAAGGGAAUAUAACGUAGUUUAGCCUUAACAUAUAACAGGAGCAAGAAAUAGGUCUUCACUACCUUGACUUCCCCCUCCAUCGUCCCUUUCAUCUAGUAGAGACCCGCCCUUCCCCCACCUUCUCUUUCGUCUCGAGGAGAUUCCUUGCUUCAUCCUUCUCCUUCACCAAAUUUCAGGUGCUGAAAGCCAUAACUUUGGGUUGUUGUAGAGAAAUGUAACCGUUACUGAUAUGAAAUCCGUAAUUGUACACCUUGCUUUGUUUUAUGUUUAUUUUUUUGUACCGUCCCAGUUCAAAUUCUUUUCAGCUCGUGGUUUCAUGUUCUAGAACAUUUUAUCAAAAAAUAUCCUUGUAAUUAGAAAUAAUGGAGAAAAUAAAAUAGA